UGCCUUUGACAUGCAUUGCCAAACCAAAGUUAUGGGAUACAAAAAUAUUUCCAUGGGUACCCAUAAAGUUCUUCCGGCCAUUCUCUUUAUGUUCUUAGCUUUAGGCAUAUGCUAUGCUAAAAGAAACCUCCUUUCGCUUGAAGCACACACUUAUGGUGGAGUUGCAGGUGGAGGUGGCUCAGGUGGUGGUGGUGGUGGUUCAGGAUAUGCAGUUGUAGGGGAACAUGGGGUUAAUGCUUAUGCAAGUGGUAUUGGUAGUGGAGAAGGUGGUGGUGCUGGAUAUGGUGGUGUUGGAGUUGGUGGAGGAGGUGGUGGACGUAGUGGUGGUGGGGGUGGUGCUGCACAUGUUGGAGGAGCUAGUGGUUUUGGAUAUGGUGUUGGUGGUGGUGAAGGAGGUGGUGUAGGAUAUGGUGGUACCAUUGGACUUGGUGGUGGGGGUGGUGGUGGAGGUAAUGGUGGAGGGGGUGGUGUUGCUCAUGUUGGAGGAGCUAGUGGCUCUGGAUAUGGCACAGGCAGUGGUGAAGGAGGUGGUGCAGGAUAUGGUGGAGCUAUUGGACUUGUUGGUAGCGGUGGUAAGGGAGGCGGUGGUGCUCCUGCUCGUGCCGGAGAAACUAGUGGUGUUGGUGAAGGUGGUGGGGGAGGUAGUAGUGGCGAGGGAGGUGGUGUAGGUUAUGUUGGAGGAGUAAAUGGUACUGGAUAUGGUAAUGGUGGAGGUGAAGGUGGUGGUGCUAUAGGACAUACUGGUGGUAGUGGUGGUGGUGGUGGUGGAGGAGGUGGCAGUGGUGGUGGAGGUGGUGCAGGUUUUGCUGGAGGGGCUACUGGUGCUGGACAUGGCAGUGGUGGUGGGGAAGGAGGUGGUGCUGGAUAUGGUUUUGGAGGAGAAAAGGGAGCUGGUUAUGGUAGUGGUGGUGGUGGUGGAGCUGGUGGUGGAGCUGGAGUUGGGUAUGGUGGAGGUGAAGGAGUUGGAUCUGGUGGAGGUUAUGGUGCUGGUGGUACAGGAUAUGGAGGUGGUGGAGGUGGUGGUAGUGGCGGUGGUGGCGGAGCUGGUGGAGCCCAUGAAGGUGGAUAUGGUAGUAGUGGAGGAGAAGGAGCUGGUCAUGGAGGUGGAAUAGGUGGGGGCUUUAAUGGAGGUGGAGGUGGUGGUUCUGGAGGUGGUGGUGGCAGUGGCUAUGGUGCAGGAGGUAAGCAUAGAGGAGGAUAUGAAGCAGGUGGGGGGAGUGGUGUAGGUAGUGGCCAUGGAGGUGGCUACGCUCCUUGAUAUUAGCUUAUUGACACUACGUUGCUUAUUUAUAUCAAUACAAGUAUCUAUCUUAUUAUAUGCAAAACUAAGAAAAAUAACAUAAAAGCAAGGACAUGCUUUGUAAUAUAUAUGCAUUUUAUGAAGCCAAAUGGUUGCUUUUGUAAUUUACUCAAUUGGUAAGUAAUUAAUAUGAGCUUUUCUUUUAA